UCUUCUUCUCCAACUCGUCCCCUCAAAUUAUCAUCCGUCGUUGCAAUAUUCGCGGAAAUGGCACCUAAAAAGUUAAAGGUCGCAGUCGCUGGCCUGGGCCGUAUGGGCAAACGCCAUGCCAUGAACUUCAUGAACCGAACCCCUCGCGCAGAGCUUGUCGCAGCUUUCUCCCCAGACCCAAACGAGUUAAAAUGGGCAAAGGAAAACCUGGAGCCGUUUGGCGUCACCCUGUACACCGACUACAACAAAAUGAUUCAGCAUCCCGGUCUCGAAGCCGUGGUGAUCGGAACCGCAACCUCAGUCCAUGCUGAGGAGUCCAUCCAGGCCAUGGAGAAGAAUCUCCACGUGUUAUGCGAGAAACCGCUCUCGACAAAAGUCGAAGUCUGUAAGCAAGUUGUUGCAGAAGCUCAAAAGCGACCACACCUGAAGGUCAUGUGCGGGUUCUCUCGCCGCUUCGACGCUUCAUACCGCGAUGCCCACGACAAGGUAGAGCGUGGCCUCAUUGGCCGUCCAUCCGUCAUACGAAGCCAGACAUGCGACAAGCACGAUCCCGGUGGUUUUUUCGUCGCAUACGCCGCAUGGUCGGGAGGUGUCUUCGUUGACAUGAGCAUCCACGACAUCGACCUAACCUUAUGGUUCUUCGGCGACGACGUUGUCCUAAAGAGCGUCUCUGCCUAUGGCAUCAGGGCAGUCCAACCCGACCUCGCCAAGUACAACGACUAUGACAACGCGGUUGGCAUUGUCGAAUUCCACGACGGAAGGAUCGCAUACUACUUUUGCAGCCGUAUGAUGGCGCACGGUCAGGAAGACACGACUGAGAUCAUCGGGACUGAGGGGAAACUCUCGGUCAACGUCAACCCACAAUUAAACUUGGUGAACCGCUACCACUCGGGAGGCAUCACAAGAGAGGUGCCGCAUGAUUACUACGGCAGGUUUGAGAUGGCGUUUGUGGAAGAGUCCAACGAAUUUGUCUCUGCCUGCCUAGAUGACAAGCCGCUGCCCUACAAAUUGACCAACGCGGUCAAGGCUGUGGAGAUUGGUUCUUACAUUCAAGAAGCCCUCGUCCAAGAGAAACAAAUCCGUUUUGACAAGAAUGGAAAGCGAAUCGAGGCAGCGAACUUGUAGGGCCUAUAAUGGUGGAGACGUCUUGGAAGUCGCUGAGUUAGUGAUGAUAUUCGGAUCCCCGGGUUGGAAGUGUUGGGAAUGCAGAUUGUAGACCAAUAGCAAUACAGGAUUCCCUUCAUACCACUUAAUAAGUUUCAAUGUUCCGUAGGUACGGAUUACAUUAUCUAAUCCUUAAGUAAUCAGAUAUUAGGUAAUGAUGUUGGCGGAUAAAUUCGGGCCUCUACGCUACAGAAAAGGAUUAAAGGGGAUAA